GUGCCGACUGACGGUGGCCGUUAAAAAUUUAAUUCAAGUUUUUGUACAGUUGUAAUUAUUUGUUUACUCGAAUUAUUGAGUUGAAAUGUGAAAACUUGUUGAAUCUCUAUACAAAAUAGUGUGUUUCUUUAUUACUUUACGUAUCAAAGUGAAAAUGAGUUCGGAAAAUUCAGAUUCGGGAUCGGGGCUAACGCUUUCGUUGGUGGCGCAGUUUGAUGAUAUAAACCGUUUGAACGCUGUUCUCAACGACGGAGCCGCUGAAGAAUGUUUCCUAGCGUUUGUAAAGCAGAUGGAAUGGGUGCGGUCCCAGUGGGCAUCCGCUGAGGCAGAGGCGGCCCGACUUCAAACGGAGUUGGACGAAGCCCAUAAGACCCUCUCUAAGUGGGAGGCGAAGUUUGCUCACGUGAGGAAACUGCUGGACGGAGAAAAAAGGGAGAGAAAUAUUGUACUGAAGAAGUAUAGUGAAUUGAGCAAACUAUUGGAAAUGGCACGUGACUUGCUGUUCAACGACAACAGAAACAAGCUGAACGAUGAGACACUGCAGAAGCUUGCAUUCCUCAACGGCACUGCUCAGCAAGACCAUAACGCCAAGCUCAGUGGAGUUCCUGAGCUCAAUUCCACUGGCACUCUCCUAUCCGAGAUGUCAUAUUCCCGUUCCGAGGACGAUCUCGACAUAUCUUUGGCCUCGACUCGCCGUUCGUGGGUGCAACGAGGCGGGUGGACUGCGAGGGACAACCCGCCUGCGACUAAGAAACGAAGGUCGUCUACCUCAUCCGCUACCAAGACGGUAGAACUGCAAGGUGGCAAAGUGCUGGCCACUGCCACCACCACGCUGACUUUAGAGCGAGCGCCCACCAACCACGACUUGAAACCGCCGACCAAUUUCCAACCUAUAUCGGAGAGUAGCGACGAGGCGCCGGCGCCGACGCCGACGCGCAAAUCAUCGGGCCGCGUGUCCGGGAUUCACAUCCCGCAAUUGCAUACGCCGUCAGCGCCACCGCGCACUGAUUCGGACAGCGUGUCGGACACACCGCGCGCGCCGCCGCAACGCACGCCGUCCGUAGUAUCGGCGGCGUACGGCGGCUCGCCGCGCGCGCGCCCGCGGCAACACAACUUCGUCGCCAAGAACUUCUACAAGCGGGAGACCUGCGGCCCUUGCGGGAAGACUAUCGGCGGCGUACGGCGGCUCGCCGCGCGCGCGCCCGCGGCAACACAACUUCGUCGCCAAGAACUUCUACAAGCGGGAGACCUGCGGCCCUUGCGGGAAGACAUGUAUGUAUUGUGGCGGGAACUUGACCCGGGCGCGCCGUCCGUAGUAUCGGCGGCGUACGGCGGCUCGCCGCGCGCGCGCCCGCGGCAACACAACUUCGUCGCCAAGAACUUCUACAAGCGGGAGACCUGCGGCCCUUGCGGGAAGACUAUCGGCGGCGUACGGCGGCUCGCCGCGCGCGCGCCCGCGGCAACACAACUUCGUCGCCAAGAACUUCUACAAGCGGGAGACCUGCGGCCCUUGCGGGAAGACCCAUACUACGCCGCCACUGGAUGGGAACUUGACCCGGGCGCGCCGUCCGUAGUAUCGGCGGCGUACGGCGGCUCGCCGCGCGCGCGCCCGCGGCAACACAACUUCGUCGCCAAGAACUUCUACAAGCGGGAGACCUGCGGCCCUUGCGGGAAGACUAUCGGCGGCGUACGGCGGCUCGCCGCGCGCGCGCCCGCGGCAACACAACUUCGUCGCCAAGAACUUCUACAAGCGGGAGACCUGCGGCCCUUGCGGGAAGACGUGAGUGCUUUAUCGGCGGCGUACGGCGGCUCGCCGCGCGCGCGCCCGCGGCAACACAACUUCGUCGCCAAGAACUUCUACAAGCGGGAGACCUGCGGCCCUUGCGGGAAGACUGGCGCUCAAGCUCACCCCGAGUGUCGCGCGCUGCUGCCGCUGCCCUGCGUGCCGCCCGGCCCGCACGCGCGCUGCGCCAACGGACACCAGUGGCAUGCAGUACCCGCCUGGACACUCACGCGCGUCGCGUCAAUGGCUCUUAAGGCAACUGGAUAUGGCUCGAGGUGGAAUGCAGUGCCUGUUAGGUACUCAAACGCGCGCCCUUGUGGACUCGGCAUAAGGUCCACAUUGGCGUGCCGCGCUCAAGCUCAUCCCGAGUGUCGCGCGCUGCUGCCGCUGCCCUGCGUGCCGCCCGGCCCGCACGCGCGCCGCGCCAACGGACACCAGUGUCGCGCGCUGCUGCCGCUGCCCUGCGUGCCGCCCGGGCCGCACGCGCGCCGCGCCAACGGACACCAGUGGCAUGCAGUACCCGCCUGGACACUCACGCGCGUCGCGUCAAUGGCUCUUAAGGCAACUGGAUAUGGCUCAAGGUGGAAUGCAGUGCCUGUUAGGUACUCAAACGCGCGCCCUUGUGGACUCGGCAUAAGGUCCACAUUGGCGUGCCGCGCUCAAGCUCAUCCCGAGUGCCGCGCGCUUCUGCCGCUGCCCUGCGUGCCGCCCGGGCCGCACGCGCGCCGCGCCAACGGACACCAGUACCGCGCGCUGCUGCCGCUGCCUUGCGUGCCGCCCGGGCCGCACGCGCGCCGCGCCAACGGACACCAGUACCGCGCGCUGCUGCCGCUGCCCUGUGUGCCGCCCGGGCCGCACGCGCGCCGCGCCAACGGACACCAGGAGGGCAGCAUAGCGGACUACGCGCCUAGCGCGCCGCCGAUGGUGCCAGCGUUACUGGUGCACUGCAUCAACGAGGUGGAGAAGCGAGGCUUGGGAGAACGAGGCAUAUACCGCAUCAGCGCCGUCGAUAAGGACGUUAAACGACUCAAGGAACGUUUCCUCCGCGGCUGCGGUUCCCCCCAACUGGCCAACGAAGACAUCCACGUGCUAUGCGGCUGCAUCAAAGACUUCCUACGGUCCCUACGCGAGCCACUUGUAUCCAACGCAUUGUGGAGCGACUUUAUGGACGCAGCCAAACUAAGCGAGCCUAGCGACGCCACCGCUGCCGUGGUGCAAGCAGUCAGCCAGCUGCCUCAGCCAAACCGAGAUACUCUGGCUUUCCUGGCGCUGCAUUUGCAGAAAGUGGCCGAGAGCCCCGAGUGUGAGAUGGGCGUGGAGAACUUGGCCAAGAUCUUCGGGCCCACCAUCGUGGGAUACGGGCUCAUGACGCAACCAGCUGAGAUGUAUACCGCUACUGCGCAGAUGUUCAAUGUGAUGCAGCUGCUGCUUCGUCUGCCGGCGGAGUACUGGGCGCAGUGGGCGUGCGCGGAGCCCGCGUCGCCGCCCGCGCCGCUUGCCCGCCCUAAAGGGUUCUUCUUCUCGCCGGCCGACACCGGUAUAUCGAGGAAGAAGAGAAACUAUUUCCAGUGACAUCGAGUAAGUUAACAUUAAAUAGAUAUUAUAACUAAUUUACGUGUUACUAAUGUUAGAAUUAAUUUUCUUUGGUUCAAUCGGAACAGUUAAGUUAACCAUUAUAUUUUUUGUAGGUAGGUAUAUAACUUUGUAUAUUACAUUACAACUUACACUAGAAAAAUACAUUUGAUUUCUACUAUACAUACAGGAUAUUGUCCAUUUGGCACAAGUUUUGUUUUACAAAAGAAGGAAUAUCUUGUCCAUGGCACAUCCUGUUUAUUAUGUGUGUAAAGUUAUUUAAUUUAUUAGUAUAUUGGAUACAAUAGGGCAUAGUUAAUACUCAUUUAAUUUUGCACUUUUUAUUUUUCAAAAUCACCGGAAACUUGCC